UAUCGCACACAUGGUCGAGCAGACACAAACAGCAUCUCCACCACCUCGCCUUCGAUCGAUCGAUCACCAUUUCCCACAUCGUCAAACACAGGCAGGCAGAUCGAUCGACAUGUCGAGCUCCUCUGAGAUGGACCCGUUGGCGCCGAGCAGCGAGGUCAAGUUCCGCGCCUACGCGGUGCUCGUGGCGUUCGGCGUGGCGGCCGUCCUCGCCGUGUGCUUCUGGCGGCUCUACCGGCUCACCGUGUCGGCGCGCCCGCACGACAUGAUGCCCGUCUCCGGCGCCGCUGGCAACAACAAGCCGGGGGCGCCGAGGCGCGGCGACAUCUCGGCGCUGCUGCCUGUUUUCGUGCACGGCGCGGAGGCUGGUGCCGUGGAGUGCGCGGUGUGCCUGGCGGAGAUGGCGGACGGGGAGAAGGGCCGGCUCCUGCCCUCGUGCGGGCACCGGUUCCACGUGGAGUGCAUCGAUCGCUGGUUCCGGGCAAACUCGACGUGCCCGCUCUGCCGCGUCGCGGCAUUCGGCGAGCCCAACGCCGUGGAGGCGCACAAGGAUGGGCCCGUACGCGUGGCUGCGCCGGCGGUGGUUGUGCUGCAAGGCUGAACGCGUGGUUCUGUUGUCAAUCCUUGUUUUUUUGUUUAGUUGAUUGAUGUGCAUGGAAAUGUACAUUUUGUUUAGAUUGUACAAAGAAAUGUCAUUGUUGUAUGGUCUUUUCACGUUUUUUAUACACUCGGGCACGUAAAUAAAGGUCGUUCAUA